UGGCUUGCGGGAAGAUAAAGGUGGGCCUGGAAAGGCAGCGUCGCUGCGGUCUGAUCUGAAUUACUUGGUUGUCGGUGCUCGUGGGACCUGCGGCCCUGUUGCCCUACCAUGGCAGUUCCUGAGACCCGCCCCAAUCACACUAUUUAUAUCAACAACCUCAAUGAGAAGAUCAAGAAAGAUGAGCUGAAGAAGUCCCUGUAUGCCAUCUUCUCCCAGUUUGGCCAGAUCCUGGAUAUUCUGGUGUCUCGGAGCCUGAAGAUGAGAGGGCAGGCUUUUGUCAUCUUCAAGGAAGUUAGCAGUGCCACCAAUGCCCUGCGCUCCAUGCAAGGUUUCCCUUUCUACGACAAGCCAAUGCGCAUUCAGUAUGCCAAGACCGACUCGGAUAUCAUUGCCAAGAUGAAGGGUACUUUUGUGGAGCGAGACCGCAAACGGGAGAAGAGGAAGCCCAAGAGCCAGGAGACGUCAUCUGCCAAGAAGGCUGUGCAGGGUGGGGCUGCAGCCCCUGUGGUGGGAGCUGUCCAGGGCCCUGUCCCGGGCAUGCCACCCAUGACUCAGGCUCCCCGCAUCAUGCAUCACAUGCCGGGCCAGCCACCCUACAUGCCACCUCCUGGCAUGAUCCCACCUCCAGGCCUUGCACCCGGCCAGAUUCCUCCUGGGGCCAUGCCCCCACAGCAGCUUAUGCCAGGGCAGAUGCCACCUGCCCAGCCUCUCUCGGAGAAUCCACCAAAUCACAUCCUGUUCCUGACCAACCUGCCAGAAGAGACCAACGAGCUCAUGCUGUCUAUGCUUUUCAACCAGUUCCCUGGCUUCAAGGAGGUCCGCCUGGUGCCCGGGCGGCAUGAUAUCGCCUUCGUGGAGUUUGACAACGAAGUGCAGGCCGGGGCCGCUCGAGAUGCCCUGCAGGGCUUUAAGAUCACCCAGAACAAUGCUAUGAAGAUCUCCUUUGCCAAGAAGUAGCACCUUUUCCCCAGGCCUGCCCCUGCCCCUGUUCUGGGGCCGCCCCUCCCCUCUUUGGCUCAAUCCCCAAAGGUAAGUCCCCCUUUGGGGGCCUUCUUGGAGCCGUGUGUGAAUGCGUGGUCGCCACACAGCAUUGUACCCAGAGUCUGUCCCCAGACAUUGCACCUGGUGCUGUUAGGCUGGAAUUAAAGUGUUUUUUGAGGUGUGGUUUUUCACAAUCA